GAAAAGGCUUUCAGUUUCGUUUUCGAUUAUGGAUAAAAAUCGAAUGGGCUGUGUACUUAUUGCAUCAAGUGUAACGUUGAAGUGUCUGGAGUUAAUGGUUUUCGUUUUCGUUUGAGUGUUAUAUUAUUGUAAAGUUCAAUUAAUUACCAUGGCCAACGACAGAAUGAGUGAGGUGCAAUUCAACCGGAAACAAAAUCGUUUUUUAUUAAAUACUCUUGAGCCUGGAGACCUAAUAAAGAUAAAACCUGCACUCUUCCGCCAUUGGUGUGUCUACAUUGGCGGUGAAGAGGUUGUCCACGUGGUUGGUUACAAUGCGGCGUCGAUGAAUUCUGCUAGUAGUUUUACGGGACUGUUGAAUGGCUACUCAAUGAGUGUUGUGAAAAGAGAUAACAUUUGGGAUGUUGUGAAAGACAAACUGAUGGAGAAGGAUAACAGCUUGGAUACAAGUCAAAAACAUUUCAGUGGUGACGAAGUUGUUUCAAGGGCACUUAGCAAAAUAGGUCCCAUCAAAUACCACACGUUUUUGAAAAAUUGCGAGCACUUUGCUAAAUGGUGUCGAUACGACACUGAGGAAAGUGAACAGAGCCAAGUUGCAUUGUUCGGAGCAGCAGUUGGUGGGUUUAUAGUCGCAGGUCCAUUAGGGGCGAUUUUUACUGGUGCAUCUGCUGUUGCCAAGAUGAUCUACGACCAAGUACAAGAUCAAAAAAAAGAGGAUGAAACCAGAGUGACUCCCUACAACAAUCGAUAUAUGUAAAUGUAUUUUCAGCUUGUUUCUUGUCUUUAUUGUGUCCAUGAUUUUAAAAAAACACUUAUAAAUGGCAGGCAUGUUUAAAAUCACAUAAAUAAAAAAAUGUUUACGCAUAUACAUAAUUGUAUACGCAUUAUAUAAAUAAUACCAUUUAUUGCUUUCAAUUUGUCCAUUCGUUUUCAGUUAUCCAAAAAUUAUUAAGAUACUGCUUCAAAAGAUGUUUGGAGUUAUUUAAAUAGAGUUAGAUACUUAGUUGAGUAUACAAUCAAUACACAAUUCACUGUUUAUUAUAUAGAGGUCAACAAAACAA